AUGGCCAAGCGCAUCCUGCCGAGCCUCCUCGGCAGCCACAACGGCGAGUCGAAGGAGGCGCAGAGGCUCCCAAGGGGAGCUGCCGAGCAAGGCGCUCUUUCGGCACCGCCCUGGCGCCUUGCGCUUCGGCGUCGCUUGACGGGCCUGGCUGCCGUGCCAGCCGUGCCAGCCAACUCCUUCACGCGUGAUGAGUCGUCAGGGAAGCCUUCAGCGGACAGGUCCCCGAGUUCUUCAUCCAGGUGGCGCACACACCGCAAUGCCAUGCUCGCCGUCAAGGAUGAGGAGUUCGAGGUCGCAGUGCAGCUUGCAGCCUACUACGUGGAAGACGCAACUGAGGGCCGCCUUGACAAUGGGCUCGCAUCGAACUACAAGUCCGGCAACAAGCGGAAGCUGUACUGCUGCUUCGUGCAGACCCACAUCGCUUGGCACGUGAUGGUGAUGGCGGCCUGCGUGCUCCACUCUCUCCUUAUCAUCCUUGAGCCGCCUCCAGGACAGAGCUGCGUCCGCGGCUGGGAGAACAUGGCGGAGCUCUUCCUGGUUCUGAUCUACGUAGCCGAUAUUUGGCUGAAGGUCGCUUACAUGGGGGCUGGGACCUUCCUGUCGCUUCGAGGCUCCAAGAUCUGGCAAACCACCUAUGCGGCACUCACCGUGAUCCUUUUCGCUGAUGCCGCGCUCGCACCAUGCACCCAUGUGUCGCGACCCUUGCGGCCGAUCAUGCUAGUGCUACGCUCCCGAAGUGUCCGGAACUUCUACACCACGGUGCUCCGCAUUUGCCCAAGCCUCGUGAAGGUCCUCACCUUGUUGCUUUUCAUCCUGACGGCCUCUUCGCUUGGCAUGGCUCGGCUGCUGCGGGGCAGUGGCACGCGCUACUUCACCAGCUCCCUGGCCACCUUCCAGGAAAUGGCGGUCCUGCUGCUGACCCAGGAUAACUACAAGGAGCUGCUUCAUGACCUUACCGAUCAUGGAGGGCUUGUGUCACUCCUGGUCUUCUUUGUCUUUGUGGUUGUUGGCGUCGUCUUCCUGAUGCAGUUGGUACUGGGAACCGUCAUUGACACCUACAUGGAGGAGGCACAGGAGGAGCUGAGAAGUAAGCGUGUGAAGCAAGCCAAAGGUCUGAUGCGAGCUUUCGCGGUACUGGACCUUCGCAAGGAAGGGCACUUGAGGCAGAGGGCCUUCGAUCGCCUGAUUCAGAAACUCCGGCCUUCGGACUCACCCUUCGAAAGGCACUUGAAGUUCAGCCUGCUCUCCAACAAGUACAAGUCGAUGGUGGCCGCCAGUUCAGGGCCUUCAACCCCUGCGGGGAGCCGCAGCUUGGAGGACCUCUCACCUUUGGCACACUCGCCCUCGCCCCCAAAGCGGCCGAUGAUUCCACUUCUACCACAGCUACCCGAGUCACCCCUUCCCUUCAAGGAGCCCACGAGCGGCCCCUGGUCCAAUCCCGAACCUAACAUCGACCCCAUCGACUUCCUCUCCCUGCACACGGUCCUGGAGCUCACCUUCAAACCUCGGCGCCCGGCUUGGGAUGUGCCUGGCGUUUGCCGCGAGCAGCCCUGGUGGAGCUGCAGUGCUGAGCGCCUGGUCUCGGACCCCCGGUACACACUGCUUGUUCGUUUUCUUCUCUGGGCCGAUGCUGCGAUUUUCCUGGCUGAUGCUGAAUGCAUCGAGCCCUUCGCAGCCCUUGGAUGCCAUCUGCAAGUCAACGAUCUGCUGCAGAUGGUCUUCCUGCUACAGAUGGCCACACAGGUCUUUGCUUCCGGCAGCCUACGCAAGGCUUGGCGCUUUGGCGGGUCUUCGGAGACCCGAGUUCUGCUCAAGGCGGAAUUGGUGCUGGCGAGUGCUUUGACCACCCUUUCGGCUUCAACUUUGUGCUGCAGCUCCUUGGCGGGCUUCCGGCCCUUGUCUGCAGCACUUGGGGCGCUCCGUAGCCUUCGUCUUGCAGCCACCUUCGGAGCUUUGCGCCGCUUCGGCCAGUGCUUGGCAGACAUCCUUCCGGCGAUGACGCAGAUGAUGGGCCUGAUCUGCGUGGUGCAGUAUGCCUUCGCUGCCAUCGCCUUGGAGACCCUGGGCAGGUUCAGCGCACGUGGCUUCACCACGUUCCCAGAGGCGGCCAUGUCACUCCUACAGAUACUUCUCAAUGCGGACGGCACCACCAUGGCUAAGGAGGCCGUGCACAAGGCACACCCGGCCACGAUGGCCAUUUUCAUCGGAUACUAUGCCAUUGCCGUACUGGUGGUGGUCAAUCUGGUCACCGCCCUGAUGAUUGAGUUCUACAGAGCAAGCUUGGCUGAGAACGUCGAGAAGCGUGAAGCGAGACAGUCAGAAAUCGCCCGACAGGUCCAGGACCUGCUCCGGGAGAUGGAAGUUGUGGAAAACUUGGGCUUCGAAGUUGCAGGUACCAGAGAGACCGGCAUUGAGAGGCUGCGUGAGAAGUUCUUGGGGCAAGGGCGAGCCGAUGUCGUCGACGAGGAGCUGCUGCGGCAGGUGCAGAAGGAGGUGCCGCUUGAUCUCCUUUCCCUGCAUCGCUCGAAGAGCGGAACCUUCGCAGGUUCGAAUCCAACAACACCUGGCAGCGGUGUGCACUGA